AGCCGAACAAACCAAAUGUAUCACGCGGUAUCAGCUGUUAUGAGAAAAAAUGGACCAACUCCAACUGGCAAGGUAUACGAAAGCGAGCAUCACAAUUUGCAGGAGUACACCUACAAGAAAAUAACACCUUGCGAUGUUUGUUCCCAAGUUUUAAGAGGACAUACACGUCAAGGAUUGCGAUGUAGGAUAUGCAAAUUUAAUGUACAUGUCGAUUGUGCAGCACAGCUGCCAAAAUGCCAGGCAAAACAAAAGUUAUUAAGACGACAGAAAAGUACAUCGGAAAUAGAAAAUCGUGUUGAUGUGGAAGAAGAGAAACCAAAUGAUAUCGAUCAAAUCUACCGAGUUCUAAAACAAGCUGGACAAAUAUCCAGUAAUAAAACGAACGAUAAAUCAGCUGCCAAUAACGGUACAACUACGGCGGCAGCAGUGACAACAACGGCGUCGGUUCAGCAGCAAGAAAUACCAACUUUGAAUGUACCAGAAUGUCCCGAAAGAACGGUACGCCGUGGACAGUUGAAGCCACAAGGCCAAAAUACACAAGUUAAAACUUGUUUAACAACUCCCGCCGCAGAUGUGUCCAGCUCAGCUCCACAUUCGCCACGUCGUCAAAAGCUUAACUUGCGCAUGAAAUCGCUAAGUUUAGACUCACCAGAAUCAACAGAACUUCACGGACAAAUGCGACGACGCUACCAACCCGGACCAUCCGGAAUGAGCUAUCAUGGUGGAUCUGGCGGAGGUCUGGAACAUACACCACCAUCAAACAACAGUCGUUUACAUUCUCCAUCGAGUCCGUCAGCAAAUCGAAAGCUUCUGAGUGCAACACGUAACAUAAGAACAGGGUCAGUCGACUUACCAGACGAAAUGGAGAAAAGUUUAUCAUCGGCUAGUACAUCACCGUGUCCAUCACCUAAGCCACAUAGACUUUUGCCAACAAACUUGUACGUCAUACUGUAUAACUUUAAAGCAAGACAUCCUGAUGAAUUAGAUUUGAAGGCAGGAUAUAAAGUUACGGUUAUCGACAUGGCCGACCCAGAUUGGUGGAAAGGUAAAUGUUUGGGUCGCAUUGGAUAUUUUCCGUCGAAAUAUUGUGCACGUUUAUCGGCUGGUGAAAAGCCACUUCAAGUCAUACAAAAUUUGCAGUUGUCCGAUGGUGAACGAAAUGAUGGCAUUAUGACGCUGUUACGAGAUCAAAUUGUUGUGCAGAUUGGUGAAGAAAUUUCCGGCGCCGUUAUGGUCAGAUCAGCCGACAAUCGCCAGGGUAUUUGUCCCGUGAAAUAUUUACAAGAGGUGUGACAACCAGAUGAAGAGAAAUUGGAACGAGAUCGCGAUAAAAAUCGCAAUUGUAGUAAAAUAAUCAAAAACGACCUGAACCAAAACAGCAGCAAAAACAUUAGUGAACCAAAAUCGUUUAAAAACUGGGAGAAAUGGGAGCGAUUUCGUGAAAGUAAAAUGGAGAAAAUGCGUCAACAUAAGAACAACAUUGAGCGACGACAGCGCGGUGAUAAUAUCGGUGACUGGACGUAUUGGAGUCAAAGGCGAGACAAAUUGAAACGAUUUCCGAAACAAGAAGCAUUAGAUCCAUCAUGGUAUACGGACAACAUCUACGCUAAUGAGUCGUUAGAUUUGGAUGACACCGUGCCGGAUUACAUUAAAUACGAUCGAAUAUUUUUGCACAAAAAACAUCGACACGACGAUCCGCUGUACGACGAUGAGGAUGCAUUUAGUGUUCAUCACAAGCCCAGAAGUCCCGGUCGCGAAUACAAAUAUCCGAAAUCACGAAGUUGUUGUUUCGGAGGUGGCUAUGAACCGACGAUGAGACCACCCAUGCAAACAAUGCCAAAAUCUAGUUCAUUUAGUACAGCACGUGCCAAUGCAAACUUUGCCAAAAUGCGUGAUGUUCGAAAUGAUCCACAUCAUCACUGCAGCAAAUAUCGUGAACGUUAUCGCCGCUGCAGUGUAGACAGUGAACGUGAUAAUGAUUUUAUGUAUCCGCGAAACCGUGAUGGUCACAAAAGUGCCAAGCUUCAUCAACACCAUUCGGACGAAUAUCGGCAGAGGUGCAAGAGAAACUUUAACGACGAGGCUCAAGGUAGAAGCAAAACCGAAUACAUUCGUAACGAAUGGUACACCAAAUACAGUAAGAAUUCAAUAAAGCGAAACAGUGAUAAAAAUGGUAAUUUAAGCUUCGACGAUGAUGUCACUUAUCCACAACGAAGGGACAGCAGUGUAUGUAAUGAUGACUACCUUUUGGAAAAUCUGGACACAUUUGACUCGUACGACGAUAAUUACUUCGAAACAAAUAAUCAUCGCAGCUCAUUUGAUAACGAAAUGGACCAAUUUUCUAUUGACGAACCGGCGCAUACAAUGCUUGACGAUAAAUUUGAUAACGAUUUUAUGGACGAAUUUACAUACCGUCAACCAACUAGAAAUAAGAGCAUGUUAGAAGUAAAACCGCCCUGUAGAUUCGACGAUACAUCCUCAGACUCAACCGACGAAGACCUAGACGAUUUUAAUUUUGAUUUUGAAAAAUAUUGGGAAGAAUUGGAUAAAACGUCCCUAGAUAUCGAUCUGCAGAACAAUAAUCACAAUCUGACGAGCAACGUUACAAAAAAGAUAAAAAAUGUGAACGUGGGCAGGUACAAUAACGGAUCAUUAAUAGGCGAUGAUAUGUGCAGAACAAAUGAUCAAUAUCUUAUGCAUGGCAUAAACAAGAACAAUCAGGUUGAAGAGCUGAUGUCUAGACAACACAAUGAGUUCAUCGGUAACGAUUUUCAUUCACCGUUCACUAAUGCUGUUUCAGGCUCUCCCACAAUCGGCCGAUUGGGCCAUCGAAUACAUCCGGAACGUUCGUUUUUCAAUAAUUUCAACCACGAUGCCGGAAUAGCAUCGCAACAGAAUCAACUUAACAACAAUAGUGCACUUAGCCUAAUCAACAACAUUUUCUCAAUUUACAAACCGAAAAAAUAUUCUCCGCUCAACUGUCACAGUCAACAAGUCGGCGUUAAACCAGUACAGUGCAAAAAAAUGAAUGUACCCAGUACGAUACGUCCAUUGGGCGCUCCACAAAACGAUUUUAUGACAUCACUAAAGCGACCAUUAUUGGUUACGUCAUCGCCUUGUGUGGAACAGCCCCGUUUCAAGAUCAUUCCCGAAAAGACUGGUCUGAAAAUAUCGCCUUUGUACCGUUUCGAUUUUGAUAACGAUGCUGCCAAGUUUCAGUUGAAGAGCACAGCACGACCGUUGCUGUUUCCACACUGAUGUUUCUAUUGUUUGGCGACUGAACGAUUUUGUGGUGUCUCGGGAUUGGGAUUCGGUGGUUGGAGAUGAUUGGGGUGAUUGGGUGCACUAUAUAUCUGUUCUCUAACCUUGACCUUUUAUACAUCCCGCAAUUUGGUACAUUUCACUUGUGAUAUAGACUUUAAAUUAUACUUCGCAGGUUGACUGGCUGUUUCUUUCGGUGGAUAUUUUAAAUUAUAAUCGUACUGCCUUUCCUCAUUAUUAACAUUAUAGUGAUACCGAAAUUUUAAUAAAAGAAAACACUUUUCAUCAGUUUUAGAUGUGAAAUUUCCAUGUGAUCGUUUGUUUCCGAUUGACAAUUAUUGUACUAACUGAAACAUUUAUGCUUUAAAGACUAUAAUUCAGUUAGCGAGUGGUAAGCAUAAGACAGAUAAGACAGACUGAACCACUUUCAGAAAUACAGCGUUAUGCUGACUUAAAAGUAAUAAUGUUUUCGUUCGGUUAGCGAGGCAAGCGUAUUCACAAUAAAAGUUAAUAAAUCUACUACUUCACUUAUUUCACCAUUAACAUACAUUUUGCUACAUUAGAGUACACCAUUCAACAAAAACCAUAGCUUAUCAGGUGAAUUAUUUUCCUUAUAAAUUGUAUAUCAGAAAGAAAAUGAAUUUUCCCGAGUUUAGAAUCACCAUCACCAUUAUAAAACAUUUUGGAUUUUAAAAAAACUCGUGUUUUCUAUUCCAGUUUUAAGCCUUAUUAAUGUACUGUUGAAAAAAGCUAACUUCUUACGAAAGAUUCUGCAAAAAGAGCUGCACAUUUCUUUUCACAUUGUCGUUCAUGUCGUCCAACAAUAAAAAAUAAUCUCAAAAAUUAAUAAACAUUUUAUUAAAAACGAUAAAAAUCCUAAAUUCAUACAAGUCUAGCACCCAGUUUAAAAAAAAAAUUAAUUAACAAAUUACCAAGCUAUUAACAAUAAGCUACUAAUAAUUAUACUUAUCAAAAUACCAUUUUCGUAGGACAAAUACAAAAAAAAAUAUUUUAUGGAAUAUUUAGGCAUCAAAAACAAAAUUUAAAAAUAAAUUUUCUAAGACAAGACAAGAUAAGUGAAAGUUUAAAAUAUUAAAAAAUAUUCAU